AAGCAAGGGUUGUUUUCCAAGAGUUGAAAGAGGUGUUUGGGUCAGAGAGAGAAAGAGGACAACGGGGUUACACUGAAUUGAAAUUUCCCUUCUUUUUCUUUUCUUUACCUUUUCUUUUUCAUUUCUUUUUGGUUUUCAAUUUAAGAAGAAAAUCGUUCAUGGCAGAUAUCUAACCAAACUGGUUUGUUUUGGUUAUCCUUCUCUUUUAGUAAAAAGAGAAUUCGCUGUGGCGCUGUGCUUUAAUUAUUAUGCCAAGAAUUGAAUAGAGAGAGGAGGAGGAUCUUUCUUCACCUUUGAAGGCUACUCAGGUGUUUUGUAAAGUGUGUCUCGCUACUGAUUGAGCUUCAUGGAUUCUAUCAUUUGUCGUUUGAUUCUUCUUGAAACCUAUUACUCCAAAAUUCUGUUUUGAAUUUUCUUGUUGCUGCGAGUUGCCUUGCAAAUUUUGGGAUCUGGGUUCUAGGGUUUGAGCUUUGACUUUCUCUCUCUUUCGGUUUCUUUUCGUUCGUUACCCUUCUCUCUCCUCUGAGAAACUGGGUGUUGAUUCUAUUCUGGGUUGUGGACAAAAUAUAAAUUUUCUUUUUCUUUGUGGAUUUUCUAGUGAAAUAUUGAGCUGAGUUGUUUGUUUAUCUUUCAAAAAAAAAAUGUCAUGUCUCACAGCUUAGAUUGUUGGGGAGCUGUGGUCUUUAAAGAUUCCAGAUUCCUUAUCUUUUGUUGGGGAAGCUGUUGAAGCAGAAUUUGUUGUAAAUUGAUGUGAUGGGCUAAACCAAGGGUUGUUCUGUGUUGUUUGAAGUGUGGGAAAGAAUCUGAUAUUGGUUUGUGUGAGAAGAGGAGAAAGGAGCAUGCAUCUGUCACUAUGGAAGCCCAUUUCUCACUGUGCUGCACUGAUCAUGGACAAGAAGAGCAGGAGGAAAGAUGAAUCCAAUGUUGACAUAAAGAGAAACCCAUCAAUGCUUCGGAAGCUGCAGGAGAACAAGCUCAGGGAGGCCCUUGAGGAAGCUUCUGAAGAUGGCUCACUCUCCAAAUCUCAAGACAUAGACCAGCCGGACUCUGCUGCCAACCAAGAUGAUGGCCUUGGGAGAUCCCGAUCGCUUGCCAGGCUGCACGCCCAGCGCGAGUUCCUUAGAGCCACCGCCCUUGCGGCGGAGCGCAUCUUCGAGUCUGAGGAGGAAAUUCCCAGCCUACAGGAAGCAUUUUCCAAGUUCCUCACCAUGUACCCCAAGUACCAGUCCUCUGAGAAGGUUGAUCAGUUGAGGUCUGACGAGUACUCACAUUUGUCUCCCAAGGUAUGCCUUGAUUACUGUGGUUUUGGACUCUUCUCUUUUGUUCAGACAAUUCAUUACUGGGAGUCUUCUACGUUUAGCUUGUCUGAGAUUACUGCAAAUUUGAGUAACCAUGCACUUUAUGGUGGUGCCGAGAGAGGAACUGUGGAGCAUGAUAUAAAGACUAGGAUCAUGGACUAUUUGAAUAUACCUGAGAAUGAGUAUGGCCUUGUUUUUACUGUGAGCAGAGGAUCAGCUUUUAAACUGCUUGCUGAAUCAUACCCUUUCCAUACAAACAAAAAGUUGUUGACCAUGUUCGACCAUGAGAGCCAGUCCGUUGCUUGGAUGGCUCAGAGUGCUAGGGAGAAAGGUGCUAAAGUGUACAGUGCUUGGUUUAAAUGGCCAACCCUCAAACUCUGUUCCACUGAUUUGAGAAAACAGAUUUCCAACAAGAAGAAGAGGAAGAAGGAUUCGGCUACCGGUCUUUUUGUGUUCCCAGUCCAGUCUAGAGUGACUGGGGCUAAGUAUUCGUACCAGUGGAUGGCCUUGGCCCAGCAGAACAACUGGCAUGUCUUACUGGAUGCCGGUUCAUUGGGCCCCAAGGACAUGGAUUCGCUUGGCUUGUCCCUCUUUCGGCCAGAUUUCAUAAUCACUUCAUUUUACAGGGUUUUUGGAUAUGAUCCCACAGGUUUUGGCUGUCUUCUGAUCAAGAAAUCGGUGAUGCAAAGCCUUCAAAAUCAGUCUGGUUGUACUGGGUCUGGAAUGGUGAAGAUUACUCCGGAGUUUCCAAUGUAUUUGAGUGAUUCUGUAGAUGGCUUGGAUAAAUUUGUUGGAAUUGAAGACGAUGAAAUCAGUGGGUUGGGGGACAAGACUACUGAAACUCGUCAGGGAACACAGCUGCCUGCCUUUUCUGGUGCAUUCACAUCUGCUCAGGUCAGAGAUGUGUUCGAGACUGAAAUGGAUCAAGACAGCUCUGAAAGAGAUGGAACCAGCACCAUAUUUGAGGAGACGGAGAGCAUAUCUGUUGGAGACGUGAUAAAGAGUCCUGUGUUCAGUGAGGACGAGUCAUCGGACAAUUCAUUUUGGAUUGAUUUGGGUCAGAGUCCAUUGGGGUCUGAUGGUGCAGGUCAAUCGAAUAAACACAAGAUAGCUUCCCCACUACCACCUUUCUGGUUCAAUGGGAGGAGGAACCAGAAGCAGCCUUCACCAAAAACAGCAUCCAAGAUGUAUGGCAGCCCGAUGUACGAUGACAGAGAAGUAAACCUAGGUGCUCAUGAGGACCGCCGUGUGCUGUCAUUUGAUGCGGCUGUCCUGAUGUCACAGGAACUUGACCGAGUCAAAGAGGUGCCUGAAGAAGAGCAGGUGGAGGAAGUUGAUCAUUAUUCAAGAAAUGGUAAUGGUACUGAUCAUCUGCAUGUGGAUGAGAUCCUGGAAGAACCUGGAACCAGUGGAGCGGUCAAUAAUGGAUCUUGGCUGAAUAAUUCAACUUCUCUUGCUCGGCAUCAAAGCUUGGAGAAUGGGUCUACUUCGGAAAUAUGUGCUGAUGUCAAAGAGAGUGCCAUAAGAAGGGAAACAGAAGGUGAAUUCAGGCUGUUGGGUAGGAGAGAAGGGAAUCGUUAUGGCGGGGGUAGGUUUUUUGGUUUGGAAGAGAAUGAAGCGACCAGCAGGGGAAGAAGAGUGUCAUUUAGCAUGGAAGAUAAUCGUAAAGAGUACCUUAGCCAGACCUUAGAACCGGGAGACGUAUCUGCAACUAGCUUUGAUGAUGAAGAGGCGACCAGUGAUGGAGAAUACGGUGAUGGACAGGACUGGGGCAGGAGGGAACCAGAGAUAACGUGUCGUCAUAUUGACCAUGUCAACAUGCUUGGUCUCAAUAAAACUACACUUAGACUUCGGUUUUUGAUAAAUUGGCUUGUUACCUCGUUACUGCAACUGAAGUUGCCUGCUUCUGAUGGCGGUGAAAAAGCAAGUCUUGUCCACAUAUACGGUCCGAAAAUAAAAUAUGAAAGAGGUGCAGCUGUGGCUUUCAAUGUGAGGGACAGAAGUAGGGGGCUAAUUAAUCCAGAGAUUGUUCAAAAGCUUGCUGAAAAAGAAGGAAUUUCUCUUGGUCUUGGUUUUCUGAGUCAUAUACAGAUUCUUGAUAGCUCAAGACAGCAUCGUGGAGCUCCUAAUCUAGAAGACACAACUCUUUGUAGACCAAUGGAGAAUGGUCGGCGUGAUGGAAAAGGUAGCUUUGUUAGGCUUGAAGUUGUGACGGCUUCACUGGGCUUUCUGACGAAUUUUGAGGAUGUAUAUAAAUUGUGGGCUUUUGUGGCUAAGUUUCUCAACCCAACAUUUAUCAGAGAAGGCGGUCUUCCUACUGUUGAAGAAGGUUCUGAGACAUGAGAUGGCAAAGUUGGUCGCAACUUUAAUCAAUUUUGGAGACUGAACAUGAAAGAUUAUUUGUGAGAUCCUACAAUGACGCAAACUUAUUUUCUGCAUCAAAGCAAGAUAGGGCAAGCGGGGUGGAUUUGUUAAUUCAUGUUUCUUGUUGCUUA